ACACACACACACACACAUAACUCUCAUAGCCCUGGUAUUUCAUUUGCAUGAGUAGUCUAACAGCCAGUCAAGAUGGGCAACUUUUUCACAACUACACAGAGCAGCAGUCCGACAGCUGGACAGGAGAAGUGUUAUGACCCUGGGGACACAACGCUUACAUUUGUCAAUGAAGAUGAUGGUUUAGACUUUUUGUGCGAAGACUUCAAGUCUCUCAGAGCAAAGAUGUCCUGUGGUCAUGCUGUCACUCCGAUGUCUCUCACCAACCAUUGUCGCAGGUUGUUGGAUAAGGGUGAGUGCAGAUUUGUGUGUGGCCUGCCUCGCUGUGAUGUUGAGUGGACGUAUGAAGAAGUUCGUAAAAUGGCUCUUCUGACCUCUGAAGAAAUGGAUUACUUUGAAAAGAAAAUGUUCAGCAAUUAUAAGGAUCACUUGAAUGCCAAAUUAUGUCCUGGCUGCAAGUCAUGUGUGAUGAGAACCGAUCUCUGUAAUCUAAGUGUCAAAUGCACACUGUGCACAGCGGAUAAGAAAAAGACCUUCAUGUUCUGCUGGCAGUGUUUGAAGGAAUGGAAAGGCCCAGCUCCACGUUCAGACCGCUGUGAAAAUGAAGGCUGCAUCAAUCAGCCAUUAGAGACACUGAGAAACUGCCCGGAUAUCAUCUUUGAGUCUGUGAGGGGGGUCACUGGCUGUCCCUCCAUCCGUGCCUGUCCCACCUGUGGUUUCCUGGUGGAGCAUAGUAAAAAGAAAUGUAAAAACAUUGUCUGUUCCCGGUGUAAAGUGGAGUUCUGUUUUGUGUGUCUGAAGCUCACCAAAGAGUGCCUGAAGCUAAAACCAUACUCAUAUUACGAAACUUGCUCCAGUGGUGUAGCCCCCAGACAGACCUCUAUACCUGUGUGGAAGAGCACAUGAUUGUGAUGAUUUGAAUAUAAAUAUACCUUUUUUGUUCUACUUUAUUUUCAUUUUAAAAGUUGCUUCAUAAUCAUCACAACUGUUGUUGAAACAGGAACUCCCAUUAUACCAGGCCAGGGCCAAAGAUCUUUUUUGUACUUAUAAUUUGGAACAAUCACAUAACAUGAGAUUUACCUUCUCCUCCCACAAUAAAAACAUUCACACAGAUCAUUUCUACUCUGAACUCAAAAUUGUAUUUAAUAUUUAUGGUAAUAUUUGAAACUAUGUCCAUGUUGUUUUUGUAAGAAUCAUCUUCAGUCACUCAUAGUUACAGUCUGCACUUAUUUUGAUCUCUGUAAUAUUUUAAAAUGAACUUCUUUUGUUUUAUCAUUGUUUUACGAUUUUUGUGUUUAUUCCCCCAAAAUAACGUCAAUUUUCCUGUAAAAUAAAAAUUAAUAAAAAAUAUAUACUAUUGGUUCAAAUAAAUGAUUUCUAAUUUAGAAGUAAUGCAGAUCUCUACAGCUACACUGAGCCCUGUCCUGUUCUGUGGCAAAAAAGAUAUUGGGAAGUAUCAUAAAAACAUAAUAUGAAUAAAUAUCAACCAUGAAUCUGCCUAUAAAA